CGCUCGGGAAUAGAUCUGCGGUAACAACAAUUCCUGUGUAGAGGGGAUUACAUACAGAUAUAAGAUAAGGAACAAAAAAACGGAAUAUCCCGCAAUAGUGACAAUUGAAAUAACGUUCAGUUGAUAAUAAGCCAGAGUCUGUAAUAUAAGUCGUUAAGUUUGAUGCAGGGUGUUCAAUUUCUUUGGAAAGAUGUCAGGCUAUUAAUUAAGUGAAUCAUUCUCCGUUCCGGUCGGCAGAUCUUGUCAUUUUUAUCACAAGCUGGAACGAGACAGGAUGAUGGAAGAACCAUUAAGUCGGGGUGCUUCACCAUCGGGGGACAGUAGUCUCUCUGGAGGUGGAGAAGUAGGCACUACACAAAUUGUGGGAUUUGAGGAACGUCUACUCGACGCUCCAACACGACACUCAUUAAGUCUGCUGCGAACACCACCUGCAAGAAAGGCAAAACGGGUGCGCUUUUUUCGCAAUGGGGAUAAAUUUUAUACUGGAGUAGUUAUGGCAGUUACUCCAGAAAGAUAUCGGAGCUUUGAUAGCUUGGCAACCGAUUUGACAAGAGCUUUGAUUUCAAAUGUUACAUUACCUAAUGGUGUUAGAUCUAUCUACACAAUGGAUGGAAGAAAAGUGGUGAGUGUUGGUGACUUGGAAGAUGGGAAAUGUUACGUUUGCUCAGGACAGGGAGAAAGUUUCAAGAAAGUGGAAUAUUCAGCAUCCAAGGUUCGCCGAGGAAGUUCACUCUCUGGACUACCGCAGUCACCGGCUGGAACCGGUCGUUUUAAUACUUCAGUUCCCUCCUAUGUUCAAGCUAAAAUUGUGACGCUGAUAAGACAUGGUACAAAACCUCGUAGAGUGUUACGACUACUAUUAAACAAGAGAAAUGCUCCAAGUUUGGAGCAUGCUUUAGAAGCAAUAACUGAAGCUGUUAAGUUGGACUCAGGAGCUGUGCGAAAGGUUUAUACUUUAAACGGUGUACAGAUUACGAUGUUGGAACAAUUUUUUCAAAAUGAGGAGAUUUUUUUGGCCUACGGAACUGAUAAGUCAAGCCAAGAAGAUUUUGAGCUAGAUUUUGAAGAGUCUAAGGCUGUUCAGAGCUUCAGAAAAGGCCCUUGUCUCUCAAAGAGACAUGGAGGGCCAAUGCCUCCUAUGCCAAAGAAAUCUGGGAAGAAAGCUCUGAGUGUGCCACAAGUUAGAACCCCCAGUCCUGUUUUUGUUCAAUUGCCUCUACCCCUCAGAAUGCAUUUUGUAGCAGGACAUGUCAUUGGAGAUGGCAAUUUUGCUGUUGUACGACACUGCAUUCAGAGGCGAACUGGGUUGGAAUUUGCGUUGAAAGUUAUUGAUAAAUAUAAAUGCCAAGGACAGGGUACAAUGCUGGACAGUGAGGUAGCAAUAAUGCGACAAGUUUGUCAUCCCAACAUAAUCAGUUUGGUUGCGGAGCAAGAAACGACUGAUCAGUUAUUCUUAGUCAUGGAAUUAGUCAAAGGUGGCGAUUUGUUCGAUGCAAUAGCUGCUGCUACGAAGUUCUCUGAACCAGAGGCAAGCGUGAUGAUCAGUCAUUUGACUUCAGCUUUAGCAUACUUGCACUCGCACCACAUAGUACAUCGAGAUGUAAAGCCAGAAAAUCUCCUGGUAGAAAUGGAGGGUAGCCGUGUUACCUGUUUAAAAUUGGGAGAUUUUGGACUCGCGCAGGUUGUUAGAGAACCUAUGUACACAGUUUGUGGAACUCCCACUUAUGUAGCACCAGAAAUACUUGCCGAAACAGGCUAUGGGCUAAAGAUUGACGUAUGGGCUGCUGGUGUAAUUAUGUACAUUUUGCUGUGUGGAUUUCCACCAUUCGUGUCUCCUGAAAAUGAGCAAGAGGAGCUCUUUGAACGUAUACUAAGUGGGCAUUACGAAUACACAGCACCUUAUUGGGAUUCGGUGUCUGAAUCAGCCAAGCAGCUUGUGUCAAAUAUGCUUCAAGUACAACCUGAGCUUAGAUUCAGCGCAGAAGAUGUCCUUGACCAUCCAUGGCUUGGGAGCUUUUUAGGAGGCGAGCAGACCACUGAUGCAGCUGCAGAAUCGUCGGAGCAACACUGGCAUAAGCAGCGUCAGCCGAUAAGACAAGCAACAUUUGAUUUUAACUACGAAGGUGAGAUCAGGAAACAACAAUGCGGUAAUAAGAUAGCUGGGAUAGAUGGUCAAUAUACGUAUGCAGCGCCUACUUCCUCUUUGUCAGACUUUUCUUCCUCCCAGGGGCGCUGGUCAGAUUUUGUAAAAUCUCAAAAAAGUUACGGAAAUGCGCCUCUUUCAUCAUCCGAUACGCGCAUCAGUGAAAUAGACUUUACGAAUGGGUAUUAUAAUGUUGAUGAACCACAGUCUCUAGAUCCUGUGUGCUUAGAUGAUAUCAGGGCAAUGACGAAAUCCAUGCAUGAUUUAAUGGAUGAUAUGAGCCCAAUCCAUGAUAAUAAUCACAUACACAGAACAAAUUCUGAGCAAAACUCUGGAUUGUCAUCAAAUGGUAAUUCGAAUCAGACCCAUUCAGCUUCUAAAAUGGACAAACGUAAUGCCAUCAAGUCGAAUCAUGGAGUCUCGCCGUCAGAACUCAGAAUUCGUAAUGGAAAAAGUUCACUACAAUCAGAUCAUCGGUCUAUUGUUAGGAAUGGAAAUUCAUUGUCUGACGUUCGUCAUGCAAUAGAUACUGGCAUGCAAUCAGUUAGACAAGGGCCUAAGUAUGGCAGUGGUAGUGAUAUUAAGAUGAAUAAGAAAGUGGUCCGUGUAAAGACUGCCAAAUCUAAUGAAGCAGUAGAGUCUCCGAAACGAAAACAAUAUGAUUCGUCAGAUGGAUCCUCAAUUUCCGAAACUGGACUUUACAGGUUUGGUACACGGCCUUCAGUCAAAGAAAAGUUCUCUACCUCGCGUAGCAUACCACAGAAAUCAAUUAAUAAUGAAUCGGAGACCAGAAAGUUUGCUAAAAAUCGGUGUAGAGAUUCUGUAGAUCUCCAUGCCGGAUCGAACGAUGAUGGAAGAUCGAGUUCUGACAAUGAUAUUGAAACAUCGGAUAGUUUUGUUAACAUACAAUUUGCUAAAUUUACGCACAGUGAGAAGUCUAACUCUUCGCAAAGUGUCGAAUCGACCGACAGUUUUGAAAAUGUUCAAUUCACGCAAUUCAUAAAAAACGACAAUAGCUAUGAGACUAUUUUAUCGAAGCAGAUUAGAAUAGGAGAAGAACUGAAUAGCGCAGUAAUGGAAAAACACAAAACAACUCAAAACGAAAGUCCAAAUCAUCCUCUAUCCAGUUCCAGUAUCCCAAAGUCAACAAAAAAGUCACAGAAUUCCUUACACAAGUUUUUACAAAAAUUAAGUCAAGGUCAAGGUGAUACUUCGACAAAGACUGAAAAGGCAUCGGUCAAGCGGCGGGAGAAAAAACCCAUAUCCCACAUCAGUAAUUCAACUGACGAACUAAGCUCAAUGAAACAUGAAGCUUCUAAGAAUAGAAGAUAUAGCUGUUACACUCCAAAAGUGACUAGAAGGGUGCCCGACAUGAAAGGUGUAAAUGAAAAAUUGAACAAUGCUAUCAAAAGCGAACAUGCUGUGAAAGAUAAGAAAUCCAGUUCGUCUGACGAACUGCGAGAUAUAAAGCCGAAAUACUCAAAUAAAUCGAACAGAUAUAGUUUGUAUUAUACACCUCAGCUUUCGAGAAAAAAUGAUGGCGGGGAUACUAAAGAUGCACGGAAUAUGAAAAAACCAUUGAAUGAAACUAGUUCUCAGUUAGGCGGUCGUCAUUCAGAGUUUGGUAAAAAUGUAACAGCGGCAAUCACGCAGAGUCCAAGGAAGGAGACGAAAAGUAGAAAAUCAGUAUCGCAGAGGACAACAGUGGCCAGUAGAAGUAGGUCGAAUAAACAAAAUAUUCACAUAAAACCAGACACUAUUAGUGCUAGCCUAACACAAGCCAAGUAAUUAUAACUUAAGUUUAUGACAAUGUAAUAUUUAGCAAAUGUGUUUAUUAAUAAAGAUCUCGAGGAGAAAAGAAUUAGGCUCAAUGUAUCAGAAAUAGCAUAAAUUAUUGAUCUACUUGGUUCAGAGUUGAACUCAUCAGUAAAAUCCUAGAGAGGUGCAGUCAGACGAGUAUUUUUGGUGGGAUAUGCGCACAGAUGACACAGAGAAUUGUUCGUUUCUAAUAUAAACUUAUUUAUUGAUAUCUUAAUUUUCAAACUGACAGAAAAUAUGAAAAAAACCAAAACAUGCCAAAUGCAUUUAAAUAGAUUCAUAUUGUAUUCGUUACCUUUAAAGCUAUAUUACAGCAUAAUACUCCAAGAUGAAAAAUUGAUUUAUUAUUUAAUAGCAUAGAAGUAUAGAAAAGUAGCACGAUAGCGUAUAAUGCAAAAGAGUCCCAAAGACUUGAGGCUUUACUCCUGCUGGGCACCAGAGAGAGAGAGCAGAGCAGAGCUACAAAUGAUACGUAUUUAUUUGGAUACCGUACAACGAGUAGGUGCAUGCUUUGCUCAAGAAAAAUUUAAAGUAAGAUAAUGGAAUAUUUUUAUACAAAUGUAGCGUGGCUAUGACUUUGAGCAAUAAUUGAGACGGUGACUAUGGUAAUAAAAUUAAAAUGCCUUAAUUAAAAUGUUUGACGUCCUCGCUUCAGAUCUGAUUGACCCUGUGGUAGUUUUUAAAUAAAAAUAUCCAGUUCCAACUGUGAUCUCUCUGUUACCCAGAUUUAGCCGGAUACCCCGCAUAGUACUUUUCUAACGCAAACUAAUUUUUCUAUUUAACUCUAUGUACAGGUAUUGUGUAAUCGAUAGAAUAUUAUUACUAAAAUCUGUGUUUAGAUUCAUUUACGAUCAUUUUGAGACUGUUGCAUCAAAGCUACUCUUGCUAGCUGUGAUGUAAUCGUAGUCAAUUAGUCGUAAAUUGUACUUAUAACUAAUCAUUGUUACUCUUAUGUAAACUUUGUCGUACAUGCCAAGAGCGCAAGAACUAUAACUGUAUUAUUAAUUUAUAAAGCAUAAUUUUACAAUGAAAACAUAUGAAAAAAUGAAUGAAUGAAUACCUGAAAUAAAAUCAUACUAGUGUUUGAUAAAGUACGCCAAAUAUAGCGGAGUAAUUAAAGUAACUACAUUUAUUCAUAGGUACUAAAUUUUAUCGACGAAACGGCAUAAUUUUUAUAUUAAACAUAAAGUAGGACUCACGCCAACUAGCCGUUAAUUUGCUAUUCGCGCAUUGCUCCUAUAUAGCUAUAUGGCAUACAUAAAUAUAAUAAACAUUCACACGUAUCAACCAAUUAAACAUUAAAUUUAUUGUAAUGAUUUGAUUAUCAAGAACAAAGUAAUUAAAAGACAAGUACAACUAUAUA